AUGAGGCUGAUCAAACCAACAUGCCUCUUAUACAGCGCCGCAUUCCUCACAUCUGCCGCGGGGUUAUCGUCCACAGUCAACAACAAGAGCUACAUCGUCGAUCAGCAAGAUGGACAGCAGAAUCCAGCGGUAGUGCGCAAAAUGAGUGAUGACGAAGGCGAAAAAUUCUAUUUCGACUACUGGGGCAUCGUCAACUCGGGAGAUGUCGAUCAUUCGUACUUGUCGUCGUCGAGGGAACAUGCCAAUACUAGUAGUAGUAGUACUAUAUCGAAAGCAGUUUCCGAACUUCGACCACCGAUUUUAAUGCAUACGGACACUGAUACCGACUCGCUUUCAUUAGCUGAAAGGUAUUCUGCUUCGAAGCGUGUUUUGUCCGUGCUGUGGAGGAGGGAUUUUCAAUGUCCCACGGAUACAUAUAGUUGCACUUCAAUCGGUCAACCCGAUAGCUGUUGCAAUGACAGCGAUACAUGCGUGAUAGUGCAGAACACCGGCCUGGGGGUUGUUGGCUGCUGCCCCGCUGGCGAGACAUGUGGUGCCUAUGUGUCUACAUAUACGGUGACGCGCCAGUCUACAACAUUCGUGUCUUCUUCCACUGUUUCCACCGUGCCGACUGUACCGAGUUCGACAUCCAGUAGCACGUCGACCAGCAGUACAACAUCUACAUCAACUUCUUCCUCUUCCUCUACGACCUCGACUACGGUGGCCCCUGUGCCGCCGGUUCGACCGACUACCGGUUCUCAAACCACCGUGACUACGACCACCUCUUCUUCAUCAGCAUCCAGCGGCAUCUCUACCUGUCCUACUGGCUUCUACGCCUGCUCUGCCGUCUACGAAGGUGGAUGUUGCCGUGUCGGCCGGAAUUGUGACACGACAUCUUGCCCAGCGACAUCGUCCACGACCGUCAUCAACUCGGAUGGCAUCACGAUAGCGGUGCCGACGGGGAGCGCAGCGACUACAGCCUCCGAGAGCGGCGGCUCUUGCGCGACGGGCUGGUUUAGCUGUGCUGCCUCAGCUGGCGGCGGGUGUUGUCCCAGUGGGUAUGCGUGUGGGAGCAGCUGCACGGCGUCCGAUUCGGGGGGAACAGCGACAGCAACUGUGGUGAAAGAGCAGCCUGGCGCAGCUGAGAAGAAGCAUGCUGCGAAUGGAUACGUUUGCGGCGGGGUGGUGUUGGUCGCGUUGAUAAUGGCAAUGCGUAUGCGUAUGCGUAUGAUUAACCAUGUGGCUGUUGCAGUGUUUAGGGCAUUGCAUGACUGCGCAGUCGGAUGCGGACCAUGUGACUUCGCAGCCGCCGGUCACCGCAUGUCGACCGAAAAGCCUCUGCCAUUCCAGUACCAAUUCGCCGCCGGUGCGAUUGCCGGUGUGUCUGAAACGAGAAUGCAACUCCAAUCCGGCACUGCCACCGGUGAAGAGGCGUACAAAAGCAUGUUCGAUUGCUUUACCAAGAUCAUCCGCAAUGAAGGAGCUUCUCGUCUGUACCGCGGCAUCACUGCCCCCAUCUUGAUGGAGGCCCCCAAGCGUGCCACCAAAUUCGCUGCCAACGACAGCUGGGGCGAAUUUUAUCGCAAGAUGUUUGGCGUCGAGAAGACCACCCAACCUCUAGCCGUCCUAACCGGUGCCACUGCCGGUGCAACCGAGGCUUUUGUCGUGGUGCCCUUUGAGCUGGUUAAGAUUCGUCUGCAGGACAAAGCGCAAGCGCACAAAUACAACGGCAUGAUUGACGUUGUGACCAAGAUUGUAAAGCAAGAAGGGCCUCUAGCUCUAUACAACGGUCUCGAGUCCACUCUCUGGCGUCACAUCCUCUGGAACGCCGGUUACUUUGGAUGCAUUUUCCAAAUCCGCUCUCAGCUGCCGACCCCGGAACCGGGCAACCAGCGCCAGAAGGUCACCAAUGACUUGUUGGCUGGUGCCAUUGGAGGCACAACCGGUACUAUCCUGAACACCCCAAUGGACGUGGUCAAAUCUCGCAUACAGAAUAGCCCCAAGGUGGCAGGCGCCGUUCCGAAAUACAACUGGGCAUGGGGAGCUAUUGGAACAGUCGCCCGCGAGGAAGGCUUCGGUGCCUUGUAUAAGGGAUUCCUGCCCAAGGUGCUCCGCCUGGGUCCUGGCGGUGGUAUCCUUUUGGUUGUUUUCACUGGAGUGAUGGAUUUCUUCCGCACAUUGCGAGGAGAAUGA